UAGCCAUCCAUUUCAUUUUGUUGUUGUACAAACAAAACCCUAAGUCAUUCAUCUUUUCUUCUUCCGCAGUUCAAAAGAUGUCUUCCUCAUUUUUGACUUCGUUUUCUUCUCCGUUCUCUGUUCUCAAUCUCAACAACAAUGACAGAAACAACAAAAAGAUUUCCUUUUUAAACCCAUCGUCGUCUUCAUCAUCAUCAACCCUAUCCCUUACGGACUCGAACCACCCCCCAUUAACUCAAACCCUCAAGUCCCUCGCCAAAACUCUCAUCUUAGUGGGUACUACUCUCUUAGUCAUCUCUACUUUUCCCGCCAAAGCUCAAUCGCCUCCCAUCACUCUCUCUGGAAACUUUACUUCAGAAGAUGAUACCUUUGAACAAGGCAUUGAAGAUCUCAAAUCCCUUUUGCAACGAAAGCUCGAAAACGGCCAAGACCAAGAAUCUCUUACCAUACUCGAACGCUUAAUCAAGGCGCAACCCCAAGUGAGUGAUUGGAAAUUCUUGAUGGCCAGGUUGCUCAGCGAAAUGGGUCGGACUGAAGAAGCUCGCAACGUGUUCGAAGAAAUUCUUGUGACAAAUCCCUUGUCCUUCGAGGCGUUGUUCGAGAACGCUUUGUUAAUGGACAGACGUGGGGAAGGAGAAGCUGUGAUUAAAAGGUUGCAAGAGGCUUUGGAUUUGGCUGAAGAGGAAAACAAAGUGAAAGAAGCUAGGGAUGUGAGGUUGAUAAUGGCACAAAUUCAGUUCUUGCAAAGGAAUGUGGAGGAGGCUUUAAACAGUUACCAAGAAUUGGAGAAAGAGGAUCCUAGUGAUUUUAGGCCUUAUUUCUGCAAGGGAAUGAUAUAUAGUUUGCUUGAUAGAAAUGCUGAGGCUAAAGAGCAAUUUGCUAAGUACAGAGAACUUUCGCCCAAGAAAUUCGAGGUUGAGGGUUAUUUGAGGACUCCAUUGUCAAGAAUGAAGCUUUUUGGUACUAACCAAGAAGAAGAUGGUAAUUGAUUCCUUGUUUUGAGUUUUGUGAUUUUAUUAGAAUGAAUUGAAUAGCAAUAUCUGAGCCAUGAAGUGGAUUCAGCGGCUAGAAUUCAGUAGUUUGAAUAAGACUGACAAACUUGGCCAUUUCAAUUUGACACUGCAACUUGUAGUAUAAGGUAAUUUAUGCCAAACUAUAAUAACCAUCAUCUCUUUUUUUUUCA